CAUGGUUACACACUCUCAGGUAAAUAAAAACCCCACAGCGGAGCCGACAAACCCUCGAGGAUUUUACCAAGAGAGCCUCUUCAGGACUUUUUUUUCUUCUUCUUCUUCCCCUUGGUGCCAGAAAGAAGCAGGAUGCGUUGCCUGUGCGGUCUGGGCCUCUUCCUGGCUCUCCUCCAUCUGUCCACGCCUCUGCUGCUGGGAGCCUUCAACAUCAAGUCGUUCGGAGACACCAAAGCCAACAACCCGACCGUGAUGAACAUCAUCGACAAAAUUGUCCAGCGGUACGACAUCGUCCUCAUCCAGGAGGUCCGAGACAGCGACCUGUCCGCCACCAAGAAACUCAUGGAGCAAGUCAACCAGGGAUCUGAUGACUACAGCUACAUCGUCAGUGAGCCUCUGGGCCGCAGCACCUACACGGAGAGAUAUCUCUUCCUCUACAGGAAGGCGCGGGUGUCCGUAGUGAAAAGUUACCUGUAUGACGACGGCUGCGAGUCCUGCGGGACGGACACCUUCAUGAGAGAGCCUUUCGUGGUCCAGUUCUCCUCCCCGUAUACUGCGGUGAAGAACUUUUCCCUGAUCCCUCAGCACACGUCUCCAGAUUCGGCAGUGCAGGAGCUUGCAGCUCUGUCUGGCGUGGUGGCCGACGUGCGCGCCCGCUGGAACACCAACUACAUCGUGCUGCUGGGCGACUUUAACGCGGGCUGCAGCUACGUGACGGGAUCCGAAUGGCAGCAGAUCGGCAUCUACACCGACAAGAGCUUCCAGUGGCUGAUCCCCGACAGCGCAGACACCACGGUUUCUACCACCAACUGCCCCUACGACAGGAUUGUGGCCACCGCCGACAUGAUGAAGGGGGUGGUGCAGAACACCGCCACGGUCUACAACUACAUGAAGGAGCUGGGCCUCAGCCAGAGUCAGGCCCUCGACGUCAGCGACCAUUACCCCGUGGAGGUGAGGCUGAGCUGAGACGCCAGCUGCCCGAAUCCAGAAAAUCUUCCCACAAGUCUCCGGGGUCGACCUACGUUUCCACCCUGGGACGACUCAGAACCCUCAUCAGAAAUGGAUCCGAUAAAAACUCUGAAAAUAAAGUGAACAAGUUAACUUCUAUAGCUGUCUCUUUGGAAGAGGGAACAAGAAAUGGGUGGAUUUUAAACAUUUAAGUGAACAGAAGCUCUGAAAGCAUUAAAAAAAGACACUUUUCCAAUAUUUUGUGGAAAAGAAACAUCAAAAACGACGACCCUGGGAAAGGGAUGAU